AUGGCUUAUAAUUUGGAUAUCCAACAUAUUUCAACGUUUGCGCUUAGGAGGACAAGUGAAGAUAGCAACGCUUUAAAUCUGGAAGGGAGGAGAUUGUUAAGGAUUUCAGAUAAGGUCACAGAACUGAAGGAGGUGGAAAUACUAAAUCUUUCACACAAUGAACUCACAAGGUUGCCAGCAAGUGCAAGCAACCUCACGAACCUCGCAAUGCUGAAUUUGAACCACAACAAGCUAACACAGUUUCCUGAAGUUGUUGUCGCCCUGAUCAACCUGACGCACUUGUUUUUGAAUGACAAUGAACUCUCAACACUGCCGGCAAAUAUGAAAAAUCUGGAAAAAUUAGAAGAGCUGGAAUUGAGGAACAACAAUGUAGAAAGAAUCUAUGAAGAUAUCGUUGACUUACACCGUCUUAAAAAGCUGUCCGUGGCAGGGAACCCCUUGGGCUUUGAAGAAAUUGAAAGUCUCAUGACGCAAGGGAUGUCAUUAGACAUUGCAGUUCCAGGAGAAAUACAAGCACAGGGAGAUGUUGCAAAGCUGUUCUAUGAAAAGGCUUUGAAGGAUGGUUCUGUGAAUGUUUACCGUGGUAGAGUAUUAUUGGUCGGCCAGGAUCGUGCAGGGAAAACAAGUCUGAAGAAGUCUCUCUUAGGUUUGCCAUUUAACCCUAAAGAACAGAGUACUGAGGGAAUCGAAGUUGAUCCUUCAGUCUGCGAGAUUGAAGUCGAUCAAGUGAAAAACUGGAAUUCCACUAGCGAGAUUAAGCCAAGUCUGGCGGAAUUUUCUGAAGACAUAUCAAGAAUGUUAGCUGAAAAACAUUAUCACUGUAUAGUCAAUGAACUAAAGGAAGAGUCGGUAAUGGAAUCAGAUCUAAAACUGACAGGAGAAGAAUCAACAAUGGAGGUGGGCAAGAACAGCUUGGAAAUGAAUCAGGUUCCUGAAAAUGUUGGCAAUCUCAAGAACUCAACCAUUUCCCCGCCAGAGAGUGAAAUGUGUAUGUCUUGCGGGCGAGACAGUGACACUGGUGUUGGUAGUGGUGAUGGAAUUCGUGCUCUUCGGACCAAAAUUAUGGAUGUUUUGAGGGAGGAGCCAUACAUGGGGGAGAGGAUACCAGUCAAGUAA